AUGACAAGAACACUCGAAAACCGGAAAGCGUUCAUUGAGUCUUCCAUCGAUGUCGCUAGAACGUACGGUUUCCACGGGCUCGAUCUUGCUUGGGAAUAUCCUAGCAAUAAAGUGGAGGUGGGCAACUUCCGGCAUCUUAUUGAAGAAUGGCGUGUAGCGGUUCAGAAAGAUUCGGUCAAAACCGGUAAACUUCCUUUGCUGUUAACUGCUGCGGUUCGCUACUCCCCCGAUGUCAACUCCUCCUUGCAGUACCCGGUUGAUGCCAUUGCCAAGAAUUUGGAUUUUGUUAACAUAAUGUCUUAUGACUUUUACGGACCGGAUUGGUCUGACGUGACCCGACCACCUGCUGCUCUCUAUCCUUCAGACCCGGAAGGUAUUAACGGUGACUCCGGGCUGCGUAAGUGGUUUGACGCUAACCUUAAGCCUGAUCAGGCUGUCUUAGGGUUCUCAUACUGUGGUUGGGCCUGGAAACUCAAAGACCCCAAGGAUAAUGGCUAUGAUGCACCCACCGAUGGAGCGGCGAUAACACCCGACGGUUCUGUGACCUAUGAUGAGAUAAAUAAAUAUAUUGUGGAUAGCGGAGCAGCGACAUAUCAUGAUCCGGCGGUGGUCGGAUUUUAUUGCCACGACAGAACCACGUGGAUCGGGUAUGAUGAUAAUCAGAGUAUUGUGUCCAAAGUGAAGUAUGCUAAGCAAAAUGGUCUGCUUGGUUACUUCUCGUGGCAUCUUGGAGCUGACAAAGACGGCGGUCUCUCUCGUGCAGCGUCGCUUGCAUGGGACACUACAGACAUAACCACCGGAAAAUAA